AUGGAUUAUAGCUCUGAAUCUGAAAUCCAAUUUGAGCUCUAUAUAGAGCCAGAUUCUAUUGAAUCCCCUUCAGUUAAAUCCCCUUCAGUUAAAUCCCCUUCAGUUAAAUCCCCUUCAGUUGAAUCCCCCAAGAUCGAACGCGCAUUAUACACAUUCCCAAUACUACCCAACCAGUCCGGCGUGGCCGAAAAACGGGGUAUUGAAAGCACCCUAAGUGGUGGUGACGACACCACUCAGGCUGAAUCCAGACCCCGUCGUACACGACGGCGACCUGAGGAUCCUGACAUGGAGUACUAUCAGUUAACUUGGACACUCCAUUCGCGUUGA